UUAUCCUUCGCACCCCGGCGCCAACCAAUAUUACCCCCUCUUUCUCCAUCUCCCAAGUUUUAGCAGAGAGAGAUCCAAGGUCGAGGAAAAUGGCGUCUCUUCAAGCAGCGGCUACGUUCUUGCAGCCGGCUAAGGUCGGCGUUACGGCUUGUAGCGGCCUCCAGCUGAGAUCCACUCCGCAGGUGUCUAAGGCCUUCGGCUACGAGCCGGCUGGCGCCAGGUUGACCUGUUCGCUGCAAGCCGAACUGAAAGACUUGGCUCAGAAAUGCGCCGACGCCACCAAGAUCGCCGGGUUCGUGCUUGCCACGUCAGCGCUCCUUGUUGCGCGGUCUAGUGCUGAAGGAUUACCAAAGCGCCUGACCUACGACGAGAUACAGAGCAAGACAUACAUGGAAGUGAAGGGAACAGGCACGGCGAACCAAUGUCCCACGAUUGAAGGCGGAGUCGACUCAUUCACCUUCAAGUCCGGCAAAUACAACUUAACGAAGUUCUGCCUCGAACCCACCUCCUUCACUGUCAAGGCAGAGAGCGUCAACAAGAACUCCCCGCCCGAGUUCCAGAAAACCAAGCUCAUGACCCGUCUCACCUACACCCUCCACGAGAUUGAGGGCCCGUUCGAGGUUUCUCCAGACGGCACUGUCAAGUUCGAAGAGAAAGACGGCAUCGACCUCGCUGCUGUCACUGUCCAGCUCCCAGGCGGAGAGCGCGUCCCGUUCUUGUUCACGAUCAAACAGUUAGUAGCAUCUGGGAAGCCUGAGAGUUUCGGAGGCCAGUUCCUUGUUCCGUUUUAUCGGGGUUCUUCGUUUCUGGAUCCGAAGGGACGAGGCGGGUCCACCGGGCAUGAUAAUGCGGUCGCUCUACCGGCUGGAGGGAGGGGAGAUGAGGAGGAGCUGAAGAAGGAGAAUAUAAAAGAUCCCUCAUCAUCUACAGGGAAGAUUACGUUGAGUGUAACGAAGAGCAAGGCAGACUCAGGGGAGGUGAUUGGAGUGUUUGAGAGUAUCCAGCCGUCUGAUACGGAUUUGGGGGCCAAGCCCCCAAAGGAUGUGAAGAUCCAAGGGGUCUGGUAUGCACAACUUAAUUGAGUAGGGUUUUGGUUGCUGUAUAUAUUCUGUCAGGGGUGACUCGUCCUUGUGAC